CUUGUUGUGGCGGCAUUUUGCAUGCCUCUAUACAGGAUAAAUUAAGAGAAAGGCUCUUUAGUAUCGGUGUGAGAAUGUGAUCAGCUGACUGAGCUCUUCCUCUUGGAGUGGUAAGAAGAAGAAGACAGCUGAAAAACUCGAAGAAAAGCGAUAGCAUCUUUUGAUGGCACGUUGCAAUCAAUAGGCCAGUUAAUGAACUUCUACUCUAUAGCUGAGCAAGGAGCAAACUACCAUGUGCUCUGGCUGAUUCAAACCACAGAGAAUGGUCUUCUAUCUCACCUGGGAACAAACCCAAUAAUAAUAGCCUCUUUUCCGAGAGCAGGUUUUGCCAGCAGCUGUGGCCCCAGUGUGUAUGGCCAGUGAGGCUGUGGGAUCAGACCGAUUCAGUCUGGAACAGACACAGCUAGCUAUCCAGACAGUGGAGGGAGGGAAAGGGUCACCACACACCAGUCAGAACACAGAAGAACUGGAUUUCAAAUGGAGUGCAAGUUGCAUUAAAUGGAUACUGUAUAUCUCUGCUGCAGGGAGCACACAUAGAAGACGGACAACAACUGAUGGGUCUGGAUUGAUUGGUCCGUUGGUUGGAAAAAGGUCAUUCUUUACUCAACAGGAGGGAUUUUGCAUCAUCGACAAUGGCAGCAAUGGACUGAUGUUUUUUCACACUGAAGGCUUGGUGGUAGGUAUCUCUGGGGAUGAAGAUCAAUAGCCAAUGUGCUGUUGUGGCUGGUUGAAGGGUACCAAUCUACACUGUUCAUGAAGCUCUGGAGGGCUGUGUCUGUGUGUCUGAGAGAUAUGAAUAAUGAGUGAACAAUUCCACAAGAGUGGCACAUCUGGAGCAAAGCGUGUGAUGACCAUCAGGGUAU